GGCCCCAUCCUCUUUGGACGGAGGCACAGCUGGCUUUAGGCAGAGCUGACUUUCACGCUUAGCAAGAGCCAGCAGCAAGUACUGGAGUCAGCCCUGCUGCUGCCUGCGAACGCCACAGGCUGUCAACAGCCUCUCCAGAGAAAAGCAAAAUUCAGACUGAGCUUCUAAGCCUGGCGCUGGGGCGGCUUCCAAGUCCUGCCUGCAGAAGAUGGGCUCCAUCCACUACGUCGGGGUACAAACUAAGCACUCUGCCUUUCGAGCCUGGCGAGAUUUUGGGGGUGGGGGAGCUGUGCCUGCACGACACCACGGAGACAGAAGAUUGAAUGUUUUCGCGUGGGGGUAUCAGCUGUUCAGUGCCGGCGGCUCGUUUUAGGCAGGCUGAAAGCGGACGACUUAUCUAGGAUGCUCGCUAAAAGCAGCGCUAGGGAAGCCAGCAUCGAUAAAAAAAAAACAAAAAAAAAAAAAACACCUUGAAGGCGUUUUAAAGGAGAAGAUUUUAAAAGCAUCCAAGAUAAAGCAGCACAAAUCUACAGGGCUCCACACUGACAGAUGCCUUGAGUGCAGGGGGGGUCCCCCCCUUCUCUUUGAGAGCAGCCGACUUAUUUAGGAUGCUCGCUAAAAGCAGCACUAGGGAAACCGGUGUCGAUAAAAACACCUUCAAGGUGGUUUUUAAAAGGGGAACAUUGUUUAAAGCAUCCAAGAGAAAGCAGCGCAAAUCCACAGGGCUCUGCAUUGACAAAUGCCUUGGGGGUGGGGGGUUUUCCCCCAGCUUCUCUUUCACUCAAGAAUAAUUAAAGAACCUUCCUGGUCCCACCACCAAAAUCUCAGCUGCAGCUGCUGUGUGCUUGUCAUUUGCUGUCUCUUCUGCAAUCUGCUGCUGCUCUUAUGCUUUUGGGGGGAGGGACACGACACACAUUUGGCAAGAGAAGAGCUCCAGGGAGCUGUCUUGCUGGCUGCGUCUGGACGCUAUGAACAAGAUCGGGGUUUGCAGACCUAGGGGUUACGGUCGGAUGUGAGAGGAACUGGCCUGCUGAGCUGCCUUCCUGCUUGCCACAGGUACAGACCCUGGGAAGGCAGAGGAAGAACAGUCUCUUCUGGGGAGCGCGGCUCCCCUUUUCCCAUCAGCAGUCACCUCCUCCCUCUCCCGCCCAAGACGCCAGCCCCAGCCUCCCCCUGGUCACUCCUCCCAAAGCUUUUCACGUGUGCUGGGUGACCUGAGCGCAGGGGGCCUGGACCCGAUGAUCUCGAGAGGUCCCUUCCAGCCCCUAACUUCUACGAGUCUACGUCAGCUUCCCGGUCCCGCUUGGCAUCAAGGGGCUCCAGUGAAAAAGACCAUGAUCUUCAAGGGACAAAGCCACCGCAAUGAGGAAUAUGAAACGCUAAAACCUUGGUUGAGAGGUGAUACCUUUUAUUAGACUGACCAGAAAAGAGCCAAAAAUUACCCUUCUUGGCCAGCUUUUGCGCUUGCAAAGACAGGUAAUUUCUUUGCAAGGGGAAAUUCAAGACGGUAACAGGUAAUUUCUUGAGGGGAAAUAAAAAAAUGGUCAAAGUCCCUUAAGGUAGAAAAUAAACUUCAUUGUGCACAAAGGAAGCUGAAGGUGGAUGUCUGUAGUUUAUUUUCUACCCAAGGGGACUUUGACCAUCUUUCAAUCCCCCUCAGCCCGAAGAAGGCUGCAUGUGCCCAACAGCUGGCAAACGAAGGUCAUUUACUGGCUCUUUUCCAGUCGGGCUAAUGAAAGCUAUCGCCUCCGAACCACGAGUUUUAGCGUUUUGCGUUCCUUGUUGUACAGCUGUGUUGGUCUGAGAUAACAGAUCCCUCGUCACUGCAACUGCACGCACUCCCCUCGCCCUCCGGCAAGGCCGUUGCCCUUCCACCCAGCGGCUGAGACGGGACUAAAUCCACCGGCCCCGCCAGCUUUCCCCUCCCCCUGGGGAGAACCGCAUGACUUAGCCAUGGAGGUUGUUUACUAUCUCUGGUCUCCCCACCGCCACCCCCGCGCAAGUCGGCUUCCCCCUUCGGGCCGGGGAAACAACGGGGGGCGUUUGCUACGGGACAGCUUGUGCCCGUGACUGCGUCAGGCCUGUCAGGAGCGGAGAACGCAAUGGCAGACGUGAACGCCAAGAGGGUGCCUCCUUUCCUGCAGAAAGGCGUGAAGCCAGAAGAUGGUGGAGGGGACGCGCAGCAACCCAAAGAGGAGAUAAUAGAGGAGCCGUCUCUGCCCGUCAUUGCUCCAUCCUACCCCCAGAUCGUGCAAGAGGAAAUCUCCAUGGUGUUCAACACGUACAACAUGGCAGCCAACCUCGGCCCGUCCUCCAGGAGGAAGAGGGAGAAAGGGGCGGGCCACGACGGCACGAGCACAGCGCUCUAUGUUGACCGUCGCAAAUCCAAGGUGUGGAACUACUACACCAAGCUGGGGGAUGCCUACGUGGAAUGCAACGUGUGCAAGAAGCAGCUGUCUUUCCACAACAGCACCACCACGAUGCGGGAGCACCUGGUGCGGAAGCACAGCAUCCGUGACACGCUGCUGUCGCAGCUGAAAGAUGACCAGGCAUCUGAGGCCGACUAUGCGGCACCAGAGAACGGGAUCAAGCGGGCCAGGCAGAUGACGCCAGAAAACAACCUAUACCACCCCACACCCUGCUUAGAACCCAGGACCGACAUGAUUCUGGAGCUAGUGCUCGAGAUGAUAUUCCGCGACCUCCACCCGCUCUCCAUGGUGAAAGACAAGGGCUUCGGACUCCUCCUCGGUUACCUGGAGCCGAGUUUCACCCUCCCGUCCCCGGCCCAGCUGUCCAGCAUGCUGUGGCACAGGUACAACGUCGUGAAGCAGCAUCUCGAGCACUACUUGCAAACGGCUCACUCCGUCGUGCUGUGCGUGGAGUCCUGGAUCUCUCAGCUCAGCCAGCCCUACCUGACCGUCACGGCAAGCUUCAUUGAUGGGGAGUGGCGCUGGGCCCGAUGCAUCCUGGAAACGCAGCCGGUGCACGAGAACAAAGGGGCAAGCGAUUUCGGGGAGAGGCUCUACACUGUCCUGUCCGAGUUCGGGCUGUCCUGCAAGGCCGUGUCCUGCGUGAUACACGACAGCCUACGCGACACAGCCGCCAACUCGGAGCAACUCCAGGGCGCCUACGGCUGGGCAAGCCUGUGCUGUGCCGCCCACUUGCUGGACCUGUGCAUCCAGGCUGGGCUGGAGGUGGAGCAGGUACAAGAGGCUCUGAGUGCCGCCAGAGGCAUCGUGAGGUACUUCCAGCAGGACGCAAAAGCCACCUGUUCCUUGAACAGCAAGUUGGAGGCCAUCAACAAGACCAAGCUGAAGCUUGUCAUGGACGCCAGGCCCCGCUGGAUAACGACCAUCGAGAUGUGCGAGAGCCUCCUGGACCUCAAAUGGGCCAUCAUGUCCGUGCUGGAGGAACACCCCAAGGGCACGGCAGCUGUUCAGAACCUGGCUGACCACCAGUGGAAGCUCCUGCAGGACCUGGUGCCCGUCAUGAGGACGAUUAAGAUCGCCACGUCCUUCUUGCGCGAGGAGCAGAACGUUUCCAUCUCUUCCCUGAUGCCAUGCAUCCACGGCAUCGUCGCUGCCAUCGGGCAGCAGUGCGAGGAGUCCAACAGCGUCAUCAAGACCGUGGUGGGCAACAUACGGGCGCAGCUGAUGCAGCGCUGGGGCAUCUCGGAGGACGAGACAGUGCUGGAAAGCCCAGCUGUCAUCGCCUCCUUCUUGGACCCGCGUUUCAAGGAGAUGAGGUUCCUGAGCCCCACCCUGCGCAGCGAGCUGCACAGGAGAGUCAAAAAUAUGUUGUCACAGAUGUUUAACCACCAGUCCCCACCUCCUGCCUCGUUCUGGGUGCCAAACUCAGAUUACAAGGCAGAAGGGGGAGAAGCCGGGGGCCAGCUGCCAGCUCAUAAGGACAGGGGCUCCGGCAGCCAGUCCCAGAGCAUGUAUGACAUCCUUCUGGGGAAGGACCCAACAGAGAGCAUGCCCGAGAUCCAUCAGCAACUGGAGAACUACAUCGUGGAGCCACUGUGUAAACGUAGCACCAACCCGCUGGACUGGUGGAGGAGCAAUGAGCACCGCUUCCCCGCUGUGGCGAGGAUGAGCCGGCAGUACCUGGCCAUCCCUGCCACGGCCGUGUUGCCAGAUCAGGCCUUCGCUGCCAAUGAGAGUGCCCUGGAGCACCGGCGAGCGGUGCUUGCCCCUGAAAAUCUGGACCAAAUUCUGUUCUUGCACCAGAACUUUGACUUUUUAGAAUCCAUGAGAAACAACAGUGAGAAUCGGGGCAGAAACCUGCACAUCCAGUAUUGAAAACACCGGGGUUGCGGUGGGGGGCGGAGUUCAGGGGUGAAGUUUAACAUGGCGUGAGUCCCGUCUAUCCUAGGAGUGGGGUGCUCAAAAGCACUCUGGUGUAGGCCUCACCCACCUGCGCAAGUCAGUGAAAGCUGCAGCACCCAAGGGCUGAGUAUUUUCCUCCGAUCCCCUCCGACACAUGCAGCCGCUUUGUGACACUUCUAUCCCGCUUGGAUACAGCUGAUGCAGCCGUGUCAAACUGCACCAGUUCAUCCGCAACCGUCAUGCUCCCGAGCCAUAUUUGUGCUGCUUCCUUGGAAAUCCCGGCUGCUUCUCCACGAUGCCUCAACGGAGUAAUCACAAGUCUCUAGAGGACGCUGCAGCCCUGGCAGCAGAUGGAGCAGUGCAUUUUAGGAUGUGCAACCACAAGGGGCUAGAUGAACCACUGCCGGCAUAGUUGGAGAUGCUGUCCCUAGUGCAAACAGACAAAGGCGUGGUGGACAAUACAGCCAGGCUAGGAAGAGAGAGACUCUUGUCACAGGGUAGGGAGAGUCGCCAUUAGCUGCUAACAAUCACCAAGCAUGAGCCAUAAUGCAUGCAAUUUCAAACCAUGUUUAGAGGCAACCACAUCACUAAAAUCUUCCCUGUUGCAGCUGCACCGGUAGCUAGCAUCAGGGGUGGAAACGCUACUGCCGCAGGGGAAAUGUAGGCUGAAAUUAGGAAGAACCCUCUCAUUCUGAGGGUUAAGUAAUGAAACAGGCUGGCCAGGCUCAACGCCUCUAGCCUUGCAAAACUGUCGUGAUAAUCUACCCGUCUGACAACAACACUCUUGAUGGCGGGAAGAGACCCUUAGUUAUAUCCGAUUCACCAUCUAAGCCCAACAAAACACACAAUCGCAAGCUCCCUACCAAGUGCGGUAUUGCAAGGUUGUUAUUUUUUAUGCAAAUAAAGCAACAGGCAAAAAUCGGUGCAAUAAUUUAGGACCAGGCAUGGUGCUCGAGAUAGGAAGACUGGGACAGCCAGACAGCUGAGAAGAUCAAAGAGACUUAAGUUUCUUUCAGGUUCUUCUGCCUUGAUCAUCACUGUAAUACCUGUGCACCUUGCAAUAAAUAAAAUAAAAGGAGACUAAAGUGUCUCGUGUAGCUCCAACUCCAUUCUUCUUCCUCUGGUGGAAAACCGUGAUUCAAAAGACAGGGAAAAGAGCUGCUGCACACUGUUGUUUUGGGGAUGGCAAAGUUGAGGCGAGUUUUGCGUUUGGCCCGGAAAGCAGGGCAAUGGCUGAAGCAGCUCUGCGCUCCUCUUGGGGAAAACACCAGUCUUAGUGACCUUCACAUCCCGGCACUACCAAAUCCCACUGUUCUGCAGCCAAAGUGGUCAGUUAACACCUGCCCCAUUCUUUGGGCUCCACAGCUGCUAAAAAAAAAAUAAAUAAAAAAUCUUGCGUGAUAUCACAGCCAAAUCAGAGAAUAAAUGAGGUUAA